UCAUUUUUUUUUUUUUAUGUCAACAUUGUGAAAAUAAUUUCCAAAUCUAGUAAUCAGAACAUGGGUUAGUAUGAUCAGGGGCGGACUGACAACUCAUGGGGCCUCGGGCAAUAGGGGAUCAUGGGGCCCCUGUGUCCUUGCCCAAACCAAAAAAGCCUAUAAAAAAGGUACCAGGGGCAUUUCAUGGGGCCCCCUUCUGACCCUGGGCCCUCAGGCAGUGCCUGAGUGCUCGAAUGGUCAGUCCGCCCCUGAU